AUGGCAGAUAUAGCAAAGUACGCACCCAUUGGUGUUGGUGGUGGAAAUUUGAUCUCAGAUUUCAAGAGCCACUUUUCACUAUUCAGAACUAAGAGAACUGUUUCUAUUGCAUAUGGGUUUGUGUUUGUUUUUAUUGUUGUCACCAUUUUUCUAGCCUUUAGCCCCUCUCCGAACUCUUCUUCGCCGUGGUUUACUAACAUUUUUGCUGCCAGUAGUACAGACGAAGACGAUGUUAGAUCCCAGCACCCUGCGAUUAAACCCUCCAAUUUGAAUAAAGAAUCCCCAGUUGAAGUCUUGAAGCCAAGUAAUAGUUCAGUUUUACCCCAGAAGCCUUCUGUAAAUCGGACUGCCGAUAAUGGUAUGCCACCGAAGUCCUUUUCUGAGUCGAAUAAAGGGUCAUCAGAUGUCAAAAAUCAGACUCAAAUCGAAGACUUGCACGAUAAAGUUGAGGUUUCAAAGCAGAACGAGAUUCGGAAUAAAGAUUCGGAUGCUGAAGUUGGAGUCCUGAAGCAAAAUCAGACUCAAAAUAACAAAGUUGAAGUUUUGAAGACAAAUCAAAGCACAACUGGGGACACAAAUUCUCCAGUUCCUGUGAAUUCAUCACCAAAUUCUGCUUCUGGAGCACAAAAAGUUUUAAAGAAUGGAGACAAGGGAAAUACAGAGCAGGGUUUGAAUAAAAACUUAACUUCUUCUUUGAUGAAGAAACAUGACGAUUUGAUCAAAUCUUUGACGAAUUGUGAUUUUUUUGAUGGAAAUUGGGUGAAAGAUGGUUCUUAUCCACUUUACAAGCCUGGUUCUUGUUCUCUGAUUGAUGAGCAAUUUAACUGUUUUCUUAAUGGUAGACCUGAUAAUGAUUAUCACAGAAUGAAAUGGAAGCCCAAAGGUUGCACUCUCCCAAGGCUGAACGGAAGUCAUAUGCUGGAAAUGUUGAGAGGAAAGAGAUUAGUGUUUGUUGGUGAUUCUCUGAAUAGGAAUAUGUGGGAAUCACUUAUAUGCAUAUUGAGGAACUCUGUGAAAGAUCAGAGUAAAGUUUACGAGCAACAAGGCAGGCACCAUUUUAGGACAGAAGCUUCUUAUUCCUUUAUAUUUGAAGACUAUAAAUGCACUGUAGAGUUCUUUGUAACUCCUUUCUUGGUUCAAGAAUGGGAAGCCACAGACAGAAAGGGAAUGAAGAAGGAAACACUUCGACUCGAUAUAAUUGAGAGGUCGGCCAAUCAUUACAAAAAUGCUGAUAUCAUUGUUUUCAACACUGGACACUGGUGGACUCAUGAGAAGACGUCGAAAGGGGAAGACUAUUAUCAAGAAGGCAGCCAUGUGUACAAAGAAUUGAACGUUCUCGAGGCAUUUAGGAAAGCUUUAACAACAUGGGGAAGAUGGAUUGAUGCCAAUGUAAAUCCAAGGAAAACGCUCGUCUUCUUCAGAGGCUAUUCUGCUUCUCAUUUCAGUGGUGGGCAGUGGAAUUCUGGUGGACAAUGUGACCACGAGACCAAGCCGAUAAAGAAUGAUACUUAUCUCACGCCGUAUCCACCGAAGAUGACGGUUUUGGAGAACGUGUUGAAAGGAAUGAAAAACCGCGUAACUUAUCUCAACGUCACGAGAAUGACCGAUUAUCGAAAGGACGGUCAUCCAUCAAUAUAUCGAAAACAAAAUUAUUCCGAAGAGGAGAGGAGAUCACCAUUGAGCUUCCAAGACUGCAGCCAUUGGUGCCUCCCCGGCGUACCCGAUGCUUGGAAUGAGAUACUCUAUGCCGAACUUCUAGUAAACCAGAAGAAACGACGAAAAGGGUAUUAG